CACGGGUUUGGGGCUUUGGAGAACUGCCUCAUGAGGAAGUUGAGUUUGGUCCUGCAGGACAGUCAACGCCGAUAUGUCCGCUCCCGCGAGCUUGCAUGUGGGAGAGGUCGGUCCGGAAAGGUUUAAAAAGAGGCAACGCCACCGUUCGACUGGUGUCUGCCUCGUUUCUUCAUCCGAGAGCAGCUCGCCAAUACACCAAGUCAAUUACCAUCAUCGUCCUCUCUGUUCAAGAUGCACGCCGCGACCAUUCUCUCCCUCCUAACCCUGGCAGCUGCCGCCCCGUCCCGACGGGCUGAAUCUGCUCCUCUGAUCAAGCCCCGCGGAGCUCGGUUGAUCGAGGGCAGGUACAUUGUCAAGUUGAAGGGCGAUGUCCAAGCCGCAUCCGUCCACAGCGCCAUGCACGGCCGCCCGGCCAACCCCGACCACGUGUACAACAUGGGAAGGUUCAACGGGUUUGCCUCCGGCCUGACUGCUGAGCAGCUUGAGGCUCUGCGGAAUGACCCCAGCGUCGAAUACAUUGAGCAGGAUGCCGUUGUCAGCAUCAAGGCAACGCAGUCACAGACGAAUGCACCUUGGGGUCUUGCCCGCCUGUCGAGCUCCAAGCCAGGCGGCACCACCUACACCUAUGACUCCACCGCCGGCACGGGCACCUGCGCCUACAUCGUCGACACGGGAAUUGACGUUGCGCACCCGGACUUCGAAGGCCGCGCCAAAUGGCUAGCCAACUACGCCGGCGACGGCUCCAACACGGACGGCCAAGGCCACGGCACACACGUAGCCGGGACCAUCGGCUCGCGGACCUACGGCGUAGCCAAGAAGACGCAGCUGUACGCGGUCAAGGUUCUCAACGCCAACGGCGAGGGGACCAACUCGGGCGUGAUCGCGGGCAUGAACUACGUGGUCUCGGACGCGCGCACCCGGAGCUGCCCGCGGGGCGCCGUCGUCAACAUGUCGCUCGGCGGCGGGUACUCGGCCGCCGUCAACGACGCCGCCGCCUCCAUCACCAACGCGGGCAUCUUCCUGGCCGUCGCCGCGGGCAACGACGCCGCCGACGCUGCGAGGUCGUCGCCCGCCUCGGCGCCGUCGGCUUGCACUGUCGGCGCCACUACGAGCAAUGACCAGCUUGCGUCGUACUCUAACUACGGCAGCAUCGUGGACAUCCUCGCGCCUGGCACCAACAUCCUCAGCACCUGGCCCGGUAGCAGGACGAACACCAUCUCCGGCACCUCGAUGGCUACCCCCCACAUCGCUGGCCUCGCGGCAUAUCUUCUGGGUCUCGGUUCAGCACCCACCAACCCGGUCCAGUUGUGCAGCUACAUCGCCCAGACGGCGCUCUCUGGCGUCAUUUCGGGUGUUCCUCGCGGCACAGUCAGCCUGUUGGCGCACAUCGGGAACUAAAUAGUCUCGCUCGCUCGACCAUAAGUGAGCUAAACCAGAGUGACCAUUUACACUGCCACGCGCAGAGUUGGAAGACUCGAGGAGACUGGGUUGGAGUCAAUAGCACAUACGAGUCACCUUACUUGGUGCAGCUGGCCCAUGAAGGUCGAGCAGAUGUGUGCGCUACAGCAGUUG